CCUCUAAGGACCCGUAAAAAGCAAGAGAAGCCAUGACUACCAUCUAUCCUCCCAAAUUACAGCCAAAGAUGUUGAAUGCUCAUCAGACAAAUCAUUCUGCCCGAUCCCUAUUUCUCCUGCAAAACUCUUUCAUGGCGGCCGGAAAGCUCCCGAUUAGAGCAGUGCCGAUUAGACGUCAAAGGAGGAAGAGUUGUUCCGUUUGCUCAUUUUCUAGUGACAUCAGGGCAGUAAAAAUUACAAAGGAGAAGGUUGUAACAGUUAAUGCAGUUGUCAACGUUAAACUAACUGGUUUGUUGUCCAACCUGGGGCUGGGCAAAGUGGAGGACACCAUCAACGAUGUGCAGGGUGAAAAACUUCUUCUGGAGCUUGUGAGCGCGGAGCUCGAUCCAAAGACGGGAUUGGAGAAGAAAACAGUGAGGGGGCAUGUAGACUGGGUAAGCCAAGAUGGGGAGGAUGCCAAGUACCAAGGCAAAUUCGACGUUCCUACGAGUUUUGGCGAUGUAGGAGCAGUUCUUGUGCAGAAUGAAUUUGGUAAAGAGAUUUUCCUAAAGGACGUUGUUCUUGGUGGCAUUUCUCAGGCUCCUGUACAUAUUGUCUGCAACUCUUGGGUUCAUUCUAAGUCUGAUAACCCAGAGAAGAGGAUCUUCUUCAUCAACAAGUCCUACUUGCCAUCACAGACACCAAGUGGCUUGAAGACACUAAGACAGAAGGAACUCGAGAGCCUACGUGGCAAUGGAAAGGGAGAACGAAAGACUUUCGACAGGAUAUAUGAUUAUGACACGUAUAAUGAUCUUGGGGAUCCAGACAGUAAUGAUGACUUGGCACGACCAGUCCUAGGUGGCAAGAAGCAUCCAUAUCCUAGGCGUUGCAGAACUGGCCGUGAAAAGACCAAGAAAGAUCCAUUGUCGGAGAAAAGGAGUAGCAACAUGUACGUACCAAGAGACGAGGCAUUCUCCCAAGUGAAGCAACAGGAAUUUACAAGUGUAACAGUUUCAUCAGCACUGAAUGGGUUGCUCCCUUUGAUCAGAGGAGCCCUUGUUGACACCAACCUUGGCUUCCCUACCUUCAAGGCCAUCGGCGAAUUAUUCGACAAAGGGGUGCCCAUUCCUUUACAUGAAAAUCAAGGGCUAUUAGAAACAGUGGUAUCAAAGGUGACUGAUAUUAAAGAUGACCUCUUACGCUUUGAUACCCCCGAGUUGGUAGAGAGGGACAAUUUUUCUUGGUCCAGGGACGAGGAAUUUGCUCGUCAGACUCUUGCUGGUAUCAACCCCUGUAGCAUUCAGUUGGUCACGGAAUGGCCAUUAAAGAGUGAACUUGACCCUAAGAUCUAUGGUCCACCUGAAUCUGCAAUCACAACUGAACUUGUGGAGAGAGAGAUCAAGGGAAUCAUGACGAUUGAUGAGGCUUUGCAGCAGAAGAAACUUUUCAUGCUAGAUUAUCACGACCUACUCCUGCCUUAUGUGAACAAAGUAAGAGAGUUAGAAGGGACGACUCUCUAUGGGUCACGCACUUUAUUCUUUCUUACCCACGAAAAUAUUUUAACACCCAUAGCGAUUGAGCUCACUCGGCCACCCACCAAUGACAAACCUCUUUGGAAGCAAGUGUUUACGCCAAAUGGGGAUGCCACCGAUUCUUGGCUCUGGAGACUAGCCAAAGUGCAUGUACUAGCUCAUGAUUCUGGUUAUCACGAACUCGUCAGCCAUUGGUUAAGGACACAUUGCUGUAUGGAGCCUUACAUAAUCGCAUCAAAUCGGCAGUUGAGUGCGAUGCAUCCGAUAUAUAAGUUGUUGCAUCCCCACUUCCGAUACACCAUGCGCAUCAAUGCUCUUGCUCGAACAGCCCUCAUCAAUGCAAGUGGGAUAAUUGAAGACUCCUUCUCCCCAGCUAAGUACUCAAUGGAGCUUAGCUCUGUUGUCUAUGACAAGUUUUGGCAAUUCGACAAGCAGGGUCUUCCAGCAGACCUAAUUAGCAGGGGAAUGGCAAUAGAGGACCCAACAGCCAAACAUGGUCUGAAGCUAACAAUUGAGGACUACCCAUUUGCAAGUGAUGGCCUCCUACUGUGGACAGCCAUAAAACAAUGGGUCAGUGACUAUGUCAACCACUACUACCAAGAUCCCAACCUCAUUGAAUCAGAUCAAGAGCUCCAGGCAUGGUGGACGGAGGUCAGAACCAAAGGCCAUGAAGACAAGAAGGAUGAGCCAUGGUGGCCUGUCCUCAGAACUCAAGAUGAUCUUAUUGAGAUAUUGACAACAAUCAUCUGGGUUGCUUCUGCUCAUCAUGCCGCUGUCAACUUUGGCCAAUAUGCAUAUGGAGGUUACUUCCCUAAUCGACCAACAAUUGCUAGGACUAAUAUGCCUACUGAGGACCCUACAGAACAAGAAUUGCAGCAAUUAUUGAAAAAGCCUGAGCUCUCACUCAUGCACUGCUAUCCUUCACAACUUCAAGCAGCACUGGUGAUGGCUGUCCUAAUCGUAUUAUCGACUCAUUCAUCGGAUGAGGAGUACCUUGGAACUCAAAAUGAGCCUUCAUGGACAGAGGAUCCAGUGGUAAAGAAGGCAUAUGAGCAGUUCAAUAAGAAUUUGAAGGAGGUCGAAGGAAUUAUUGAUGCUAGAAAUAAAGAUCUCAAGCUGAAGAACAGAACAGGAGCUGGUGUUGUGCCAUAUCAGCUUUUGAAGCCAUUUUCUAAAGAAGGGUUGACAGGAAUGGGAGUUCCCAAUAGCACUUCCAUUUAGUUUAAUUUAGUUUUCUUUUUAUUUUUUAUGUGUAGUGUUUAUAAUCUUCAUUUAAUUCGUAUUGUCAUAACAAGCAUGUAGGAUUUUAAUCUUAUUGGAGAUUAAACUCAA